AUGAUGCCAGUAUUAUUCUGUGUGCUCGCUGUACUUGUAGCUGCUCAAGAAAACCCAGAAAAAGAGAAUGAAAUGCCGCCAGAGGGAUAUCCAGAAGGAUAUCCUCCUGGAUACCCCGAAGGUUAUCCAGGAGUAAACGAGCCAGGGGAGGAGGCAGAUAAGGAGAAGAAGGAAGAAAAGGAGAAGGAGAAGGAGAAGGAAGAGAAGGAGAAGGAGGAGAAAGAAAAGGAGGAGGAGAAAGAAAAAGAGAAGGAAAAGGAGUCAGAAAAGCCAGGUAACUAUUGGGGUACCAAUUAUUUAAUUAAGCAAAGUACCAGGCAAUCGAUUAUGUAA